AUGACAGCAUUAAUAAAAGAACAGCCUACCAAAGAUAACACUAUUACUUAUAUCAACAACAGUAAUAGUUAUUCGUUGAAACAACAACAACAAUCAUAUCAUUGUAAACAUCAUCUCUCAACAAAAAAUGACAUUUUAACAAAGAAACUAAGGUCUAAUAACAACAAUAAAAAUAAUAGCGAAACAAGACAUUCUAAAAAUAAAGAAAAUAUACCAUUAUCAAACAUUUAUAACGAUAGUGUAAAUAAUAGUAACAGCAAUCCACCUCAAAGACAUCAACGGCAAAAAGAGCAAGAGGAGCAAUAUCAAAGUCGUCAAUUUCAUAGUCAAGAACAACAGCAACGCCAAUAUUAUCAUUACGGUCAAGAAACAUCUAAAACCGAUCGAUAUAAAGAGAAAAGAAUCCCUAUAAUGAUGCACGAAAAGAAAAUUAACAUUAAAUCAUCGUCGUCGUCACAAUCAACAUCUUUAGCAAAUAAUUCAUUUUUAAUGUUAAAUUACAAUUAUUAUCUAUUAACAUCUACACCAAUAUAUGUUUCACCAUUUCUUAUGCAUGUUAGUAUUAUUGCCGGUGUUUUGAUGAUUUGUUGGUGGAGUUUUUGGACUUUUCAGAUUCAAGGUGUCCUAUGGAAAAAAGAACUUGAGGAAGGUGUCGUUGUUUGGUCUUCUGAUGGUAGAAUAAUGAAAGCUAACGGAAUUAUUCGUAAUUGA